AUGUCAUUUAAACUUCUAUCUAUCUAUCUAUCUAUCUAUCUAUCUAUCAAGGCAACGUUAAAUUACGCAGUUACAAUCAGUGGUGGUGGGGGGUUACGAAAUGUCACAUCAGAACAAUGUCAUUUAAACUUCUAUCUAUCUAUCUAUCUAUCUAUCUAUCUAUCUAUCUAUCUAUCAAGGCAACGGGGGCUACGAAAUGUCACAUCAGAACAAUGUCAUUUGAACUUCUAUCUAUCUAUCUAUCUAUCUAUCUAUCUAUCUAUCUAUCUAUCUAUCAAGGCAACCCGAUUUGUACGCGACAAUUUACGAUAUCUAUCUAUCUAUCUAUCUAUCUAUCUAUCUAUCUAUCUAUCUCGCUUACUAUUUGAUCAUAUCUAUCUAUCUAUCUAUCUAUCUAUCUAUCUAUCUAUCUAUCUAUCUAUCUAUCUAUCACCCGCACGCGCCGCGGUAAUAAAACGCGCGUGCGGCGUCGUUCCGACUCGUGCAGGGACAACGGAUGUAUUUUCAGUGUAG